AAUACGUAACAAUUGAUAUUACUACUUUAAGGACUCUUGUUAAUAGAUUUCAUGAGUCUAUUUGAUUUGAAAAAACUAGGACAAUCUGGAAGGUAACGAUUCUGUCUUAUAAUUUUGGUUCAUAUAAAAAAAAUAACAUUUUAUAUUAUCGCAGUGUCACUGAAAUGCUUAAUAGAAGAAAAGUCAUGAUGCGUAAUAUUCUUUGUACGGACGGGCGUUCGGCUGACUUUUUGUUUACCCAAGGACAAUGAAGAUAUAAAGCUUGAAAUGAACGAUUUUGAAACAUGGGAGAUGCAAGACGUAGUCAGAUUGUGGGGUGCUGAUCCGGGUGUCACUGACAUCUUUGUUGCGAGCGAUGGAAAUGGAAAUGAUGCGCAUGAAAUAAGGUCCAUAUCGACAGCGGAGUACUACGUUAAAGCUGGCUAUAAAAAAAAUCAGGUAACAAUGAAUUCGCUCAAGCAAGAAGAAGGGAUUACUACAAUUGAAACGAAUAUUCCAACCCAUCGAACUUCAAAGCUAUCAAUCUUUGAGCAACAUUUACAAUAUUACUUCACCCAUCUAGACACGCUAUUACAAUUCUAUGAUGGUCGAUUUACGGAUCUUCGUUUCUCUAAUUACCGUGGUCAGCAAAGAAUGGAUAAUGAACUUGUAAACAUAUUUUGUUCAGGCGGUAAAAAAUAUAAUCCGGACAAUAAAACCCAUCCGCGCAGAAAUAAGGCAAAGGCGCCAAAAGAAAAAGAAAAAGAAGAAUAAGAAAAAAUUGACUUUGCAGGUGGGAAAAAGCUCACUAUCGGCGCCAGCAACAGCUUACACUACUGUAUCUGUAACAACGAGCGGCCCUUCAACCGAGACUCAAAAUCAGAAAUGGAAGAAAGCUCCCUUCAAGAACGAGAAGAAAGUGCCUUUGAUCGCCUUAGGAAAUGCAGUAUUUAACGUGACAAUGAAAGGAAAGCAAUCUGGUAUGCUUCAUAGGUUAAGGAAAAAGAUGGAAGAAGCAAGUGCAGAUGAAAGGCUGAUUCUGGUGUAUACCGAUGAGUACCUUACUUCACAGAUGUGUUCCAAUCCUUCCUGCUUGCUGAAAACACUGGA